CCAUACUGCCGUUGGAAAUUGAGAACGGUUAGAACUUGGGUGGACUGGAGACAUUCCUUUGGGAAUUAAAAUGGGGGGGGGUCCUGAUUUUGUGAUUUUGUGAUCACCAGCAAGGAGGGGGCGGCGGAUCAGUAAUCUUUUUCCAUUUCUUAUCCGGGCUCUGGCGGCCUUUUCUGGCUUUCAAUUCUUUUGCAGUGCGUAUUUUCGGGCCUCGCCGCAGGCUGCGUACUGCUACAAAAACUCAGUUUGGUGGAGUAGCUCGUACAUGUAAGGCAGGUGGGGGGACUGUGCCUGCGGCCCGGGGCGCAAGACCACCACCCACCCAUGUCGCCAUUUCUUGGUUUUCCGACCCCUCGUUCCCUUUGGGCUGGACUGGGGCGGUUGGUUCGCCAUGGGAAGGGGCUUGCGUCGUAUAUAUACAUAGGUAGCUUCAAGACUCGGACUGCGGUCUUGUCGGGAGGUGGGCAGGCACAUUAUAUAUAUAUGAGGUGUGUUGUAGGAGACCUUGGCAGCUUUUGGCUUGGCCUGCUUGUCCUUGUCCUACCUCGUCUCCCGUCUUCUUUUUUUUGGCUGGGCAGAUUGCGUGACCCAUCCCCAAGGCGGGAUCAGCUCCGGGUAUCGACUAUCGACCAUCGACGCGACGUUCGAUCCACGGCCGGUACUAUCAACCAACGCCUUCCUUCGUUGACUUUCUCUGCCGAGGGCAGCUCCAUUAACUCCGCAACUCGCUCCCUUUGGUCUCCGAAGUCUCCGUUUUAUUUAUUUGCCUGCCUUGCCAUCCUUCUCGUAGGCACUUUUGCUCUGUGGUUUCAUCUUGCCUAAAACUCGCACACACGCACGCACACACGCCAUUUGAACGCGGCACUGGAGGCGCGUGCACCUCUCUUCAUCCCAGUCUCUUGGGUUCUAGAAGGCUUGGAGAAAAAACUUGUGUAAGCCGAUCUAUCCAAUCUAGUCCAGAGAAAGAACGAACAACGUGCUUACUAAUAGCGGAC